CUGUGUUUAUUUCAGGAAAUUGACCUGGCGCUCUGUGAACAAGCUGCCAUCCCGAAACCACCAUGGAUCCUGAGCGGCUUUAAACUAACCAGGAGGCAAGAUGGUAUUUGAGUCUGUGGUCGUGGACGUCCUCAACAGGUUUCUUGGCGACUAUGUGGUCAACCUCGACAGUUCCCAACUCAGUCUUGGAAUAUGGGGAGGUGACGCUAUCCUGAAAAACCUAGAAAUAAAGGAAAAUGCCCUUAGCCAGUUGGACAUUCCUUUUAAAGUACGGGCAGGACACAUAGGACGCCUGGAGCUGAAGAUCCCUUGGAAGAAUCUUUACACUCAGUCUGUGGAGGCCACUCUAGAUGAAGUCUACCUGCUCAUCGUUCCCACUGCCAGUAUUAAGUAUGAUGCUGAGAAGGAGGAACGACAGCUACAGGAAGCUCGUCAGAGGGAGCUCCAACGUAUUGAAGAGACCAAACAGAGAGCAGCUGAACAAGAGAAUCCUCAGCUGCAGAAGCAGGACACCUUUGUGGAGAAACUUGUCACUCAGGUGAUCAAAAACCUCCAGGUGAAGAUUUCCAACAUCCACAUCCGUUAUGAGGAUGAUAUAACCAACCCAUCCUCCCCCAUUUCAUUUGGAGUAUCUCUACAAAACCUCAGCCUGCAGACAGCAGAUGCUAAUUGGCACCCAUGUCUGCUGGAGGAGAAAGCCAAACUGUUCUUCAAGCUGGUGCGGCUAGACAGCCUAUUUGCCUACUGGAACACCAACUCUGAGCUCUACUCCAAUCACGCCCCAGACCAGGCGCUGAGAUGUCUGAGACAUAAUGUUGCUGUGGAGGGUUCCAUCCCUCAAGAUUAUCAAUAUGUAUUCCGACCAAUCUCGGCGCGAGCCAAACUGAGAAUGAACCCACGGUCUGAUGUGGACUUAUCGGCCCCUAAAGUGGACCUGAUGGUCAAUCUCCCUAACGUGUCUGUGGAGCUCAGCAGGCCACAGUAUGUCAGCAUCCUGGAGCUACUGGGUUCAGUGGACAUGAUGUCACGCAAUUUGCCAUACAGGAAAUACCGUCCAGACCUGCCCCUUCAUAACAAUGCCUUCCUAUGGUGGCGCUAUGUCAUCGCGGGGAUCCUGGAGGUGAACGUGAAGCCUCGUCUGCACAUGUGGUCGUGGCAGCACAUCCGCCGCCACAGACAAACAGUCAAGCGCUACAGGGGACUCUACAAACACAAGAUCACCAACAAGAAACCUAUGGAGUCUAUGCUGAGAGAGUUGGAGGAAACUGAGAAGACUUUAGACAUCUUCAAUAUCACACUGGCACGCCAGCAAGCAGAAAUGGAGGCCAUGCGGGCGGGGCUGCCUGUGAUUCGUCCAGGUCAGAAGGCGGAGGUGGAGGAGUCGCAGGGCUGGUUUGGCUGGAUGUGGAGCUGGGGAUCGGAAACCUCACCUAAGAGCAAAGAGACUGUCAAAACCGGAGGGUUUGACGACCUUAUGACACCGGCGGAGAAAGACAAACUCUACAAGGCCAUUGGUUACAGUGAGAUAGCCGUCAAUCACAACUUGCCCAAAAAUUUUGUGGACAUGAAGGUGAGCUUCCAGCUGGUCAGCAUGAGUGUGAGCUUGAAGGAGAGUUCAGACAAGCCAGAGAUCCUCAAGUUGGCCGUGAUGGACCUGAGUGCCAUGCUGACCCAGAGACCAGGAGCGCAGGCCUUCGGGGUGUCUGCCCAGCUGUCAUCGUUUGAAGUGACUGGACUUCCUCGAAACCACGUGGCUCCUAUCCUGCUGUCUUCGCGGCGUGUGGCUGUGGAGAAUCACAACCCGCUCCUGACGCUGAUGUUUGAGACCAACCCACUGGACGGCUCGGCUGACCAGAAACUACACGCCGACGCCCAGCCACUGGAGAUCAUUUAUGAUGCUAUGACGGUGAACAGCCUGUCAACAUUCUUCCUGCUCCCUGAUGAUGUCCAGCUGGAUGAGCUGACCAAUGCGACACUCAUGAAGCUGGAGCAGUUCAAAGACCGCACCGCUACAGGCCUCAUGUAUGUGAUCGAGACUCAGAAGGUGCUGGACCUGAGGGUCAACCUCAUGGCCUCGUACGUCAUCGUGCCUCAGGGCGGCUUCUACAGUGGCAAGGAGAACCUCAUCCUGCUGGACCUGGGACACCUGAAGAUGUCCAGUAAGACGCGAAAGGGCCUGCCUCAUCUCUCUGUUGGCAGCAGCACCCUGGAGGACAUCAUGUCCAGAGCCUACGACAGCUUCGACAUCCAGCUCAGCAACCUGCAGUUCCUCUACAGCAAAGCAGACGGGGACUGGCGUGCGGCCCGCAAGCUGAAGCGCUCUGCGCUGCAUGUGCUGGAGCCGGUGGACCUGAGGGUGGAGCUGAGUAGAGCCAUGGUGGUGACGGACUCCCGCAUGCCCAAGUUUAAGAUAUCUGGAGAGCUUCCGCUCCUCUCUCUGCGGAUCUCUGAUGAUAAGGUGCGGGGUGUGCUGGCCCUGGUGGACAGCAUUCCUCUCCCAGAGAGCCGGCCCACCCCCACCCCCAAACCCAGCGCCAUCCAGCUCACACCCAAGCCGUCCAAACAUAUUAUGACCACGCCUCAGGUCAACCCAAGGAAAGGACCCUCCCUCGCUGAGAUGCGGUCGUCAAUGUUCUACGAUGCCAUCUCUAUAACGUCUAUGAGCUCAGAGGAGGAGCUCUUUUUUGAUGCUCCCAGCUCACCUGUCAAGGACCAGCCGUUCCUUUUUGAGGUUCCGCCCAGCUCACUGUCGCGCUCCGCAUCACUGAGGCAACGCACCAUGGCAACCCCCGAACCUCAGAAGAACAUGACUGACUUCCUCAUAUUAUUCAUGAUCCAGAAGCUCUCCAUCCAGCUGUGUCGUGUGAGUGACGGUGAGGAGGUGACUGUGCUCCACCUGAGCAUCGAGGGCUUAGGGGCGGAGCUGAAGAAGCGCACCUUUGACAUCCGAGCCGAGACCUUCCUGAGGGAGAUCUGUUUGGCCUGCCCCGAGUACACAGAUGCUGAAGACAAACCUGUGCACCUCAUAACAACAUUAGACAACACGGAGGAUGACCUGCUCAUUUUGGAGUACACAAAGGCAGAUAAGACCAGUCCAGAAUUUAAGACUGUGUAUAACAACACCGAACAGCUUGUAAAGGUGAACUUUUCAUCUCUGGACGUGCACCUGUACACGGAGGCGCUGGUCAACACCAUGAACUUCCUGAGCAAUCUACUGCCCCCCUCGAGCCCGGAGCCAGCCCCACCCCCCGCUGAUGAUGAGCAGGGAGAGGGGGAUGAGGAGGAAGAAAAAGAACAGGAGAAGAAGGAGGGGUCAGCUGUGGUCAAAGCAGUCUCUAAGAGGAGUAAGGGAGGGAAUGGAGAGGUGGUGAACAUGCACAUCCGAGCAGAUCUGUCCAGCCUGAAGCUCUUCAUCCGUGGGGAGAAGGCUCGCAUCGCAGAGAUCCACAUUGAAGGGCUGGUGUCUGAGGUAGUAAUGAAGAAGAAGGCAAUGGAGGUCCAGGCCAACCUGAAGAACAUCAUCAUUCUGGAUUGUGACAAAGAAGCCCUCUAUCAGAAGGCGGUGUCCAUAGCAGAUAAGGAGGUGUUUGCCUUCCGGAUGGUCAACUACACGGACGCCACGCAGGGCGACGCCUACAAGGACAUGAGCUGCGUCGACACAGACAUCAGCCUGACUGUGGGCUGCAUCCAGCUCAUCUUCCUCUACAAGUUCUUCUCCUCCAUUCUGACCUUUGUGGAUAACUUCCAGACGGCGAAGGCCGCCCUGGCGGAGGUGACGGCUCAGGCGGCGGAGAAGGCGGCGGUGGGCGUGCGGGAGCUGGCCGAGCGGAGCUCACGCAUCUCUCUGGCCGUCCGCAUCAACGCGCCCGUCCUCUUCCUGCCGCAGUCCUCCAGCUAAGCCGUCACGCCAUCGCGGCCGACCCUCGGCGUGGUGGUCAGUGGUCAAAGGUAACGUUAAAUGGAGUCCACCAUGUCCCCACUGCGCAAGGCCAUCCCACCCAUCACAGAUAACAUGAAGGUGGAGCUCAGCCACCUGAAGAUGUACAGGACUACAUUUGCACAUGGAAAGUUCCAGAAUGAGGUGGAGCUCCUGAAGCCAGUGAAUAUGGACCUGACGAUCAAGAGGAACCUCUCUGCUGCCUGGUACCACAACAUCCCAGACAUCCAGAUUGAUGCUCACCUCCGACCCAUGAGUCUGGUGUUGAGUCAGGAGGACUUGGCAGUGGUAUUACGGACUCUCAGUGAGAAUCUCUCAGAAACAGCAAGCGAGGAGUCAACCCCCUCAACUGCCCCUCCAGACAAGGCAGAUACUACCUCAAAUAAAGAAAAUACUGUGGUAAUCUCCGCUGUGGUGGAGGCACACCAGAGUGCCAAGCUGGAGACCAAACUCAAGCUGGACUUCAAAUUCGACUCCCUGACUCUACUGUUGUACAGUCCAGCUGAGACUCCACAGCAGGGUGCGCGUGAGCCGCGUCUGAUGCUGGCUGAGUUCACGCUGGGCUCCAUUCACACCCAGCUGCUGCAGCUGUCCGACGGAGCCAUGAACGCCACCGUCCGCCUGUCUGAGUGCCUGCUGGACGACAAGAGAAGCCACAUCAAGAGUGUCACCUCCAGGAUGAUGGCCCAGAGUCCGGGCGCUGAGAAGAGCGUGAUGCUGGUGUUGAGCUACCGCGCGGGGCGGGAGGGCACCAGCCUGCAGGUGGCGCUGCAGGACCUGUACCUGUGCGCCAGCAUGGAGUUCCUGCAGACUGUGGCCAACGUCUUCCUGGAGGCAUUGGCCAACGGCCGGCCAGCCGCUCCGCGCAACGGUCGCCCCACCAACGCCAGCUCAAGUGCCACCUCCACCAAAGACACCGUCCCCGCUCAGCCGCCCACAGUGCUACGGAACACCUACAGCGUCAUGGUCAAGAACCCUGAGGUCGUGUUCGUGGCUGACCUCACCCGUCCCGAUGCGCCGGCCCUCGUCAUGACGACGCAGGUGGAGGCGGAGUAUAACGACGGGCCAGACGGCCAGCGGCUGACAGCGGUCGUGCGCGACCUGAAGGUCACAGCCUGCCCGUUUCUGCGGCAACAGCGGAAGCCCAACCAUGUGACCACCGUCCUACAGCCCUGCGAGCUCUUCUUCAACCUCCACAUGCCCACCAGCCAGCCGCAGAGCAUGGAGCUCAGCAUCAGCGCACUCACACUCAAGGUGUCCCCCAUCAUCAUCAACACGGUCAUCACCAUCCAGUCGGCGCUGACCCCUGCACCCGAGGGAGGAGAAGGGGACGAGAAGGAGAGCCCCAUGCCCUCUGACCUCUGGGAGCACCGCGACCUGCGCCAGCUCAAGCUCUGGUUCCUGGAGGAGGAGGGUGAGGAGGACGCCCGUUCGCUGGCGCCGCUGGUGCCCCAGGGCGACACCCUCAAGCUGGGCAUCGACGCCAUCUGCCUGACCCUGGAGGCCGGCGUGGGCCACAGGACGGUGCCCAUGCUGCUCGCCAAGGCGUCGUUCCACGGGGACGCUAAGAACCUCAGCACGCUCAUCAACCUACACAGCACCCUCAACCUGGAGGUGCAUUACUACAAUGAGAUUAUGGGUGUAUGGGAGCCACUGCUGGAGCCUCUGGAAGAUGAAACCUCAGAUGGAUUCAGACCCUGGAGCCUUGAGCUGAAGAUGAAGAAGAAGCCCCUGAAGCAUUCUGGGAUAGCGGAUGAAGUGGACUUCUCUGUGCCUGACUAUAAAACGGUCAUCAGCGUCAGCAGUAAAGACCAACUAAACAUCAUGUUGUCCAAGUGCGGCCUCAACAUGCUGAGCAACCUGGGCAUGGCUUUUGCCGCGGCCACCCAAACGGCUGAGAGUUUCCAGCGCGAUCAGGCUCCACUGGUUUUGAAGAAUCGCCUGGGUGUGGCCCUGUCCGUGCUGCUCAGCGACAUGUUUGUCCGUCUGGUACCUGAGACCCACGGCGACACCGUGUCUCUCAACCGCUCCAAGUCCACUGACCGGCGCGUGGAGCUGCUGGACGGACAGAAUCUCUUCAUGGACUUCGCCUCGGACCAGUUCUCGGCCAUGACUAGUCUCAACGCCAAGAACUACUACAUCCAGCCCACUCCAGUUGGCCACUCAGAAGCGAGCAUCAUCCCGCUCAUCAAGGUGGGCCGGGGCAUGUACAGCGUGCUGCACAACGAGUCCCACGUCACGCGCUUCUUCGUCUGUCAGAUCUACUCCGUAGAGGGCAGCAAGUACGUCAAGAUCCGCUCGCCUUUCCAGAUCAUAAACCACAGCACGGUGUCCUUCAGAGUGUUUGAGGGCUCCACCUGCCUCGGAACCUCUCUUCCCACCGAGGAGUUCUGUGUUCCGCUGGGCUCCUACAGGGCACAGUUAAGUCUCCAGCCCGUGAAUGCUGUGGAGGGGGCUGAGGCAGAAUAUGGGCCGUCUGAAGGUUUCAGCUACGAAGCGGUCACUAGUCAAUCUGGCGAGUGCGUGGAGCAGGCGUGCAGUCACCUCCGGGACAGUGAGUGUGUGUUCAAGGUCAACAUGGUUGCCAUGAGGGACACGGUGACCUUACACAGCACCGAGGAGAACUUUGACCCGCCCUACGUCCUGCAUCUGUGGCCCAGCGUCCAGCUGAGGAAUCUGCUGCCUUACCCCAUCACAUACUGCCUACAGGGCACUACCAUCUCCACCCCUGCUGUGCUGGAGGCGGGCCACUCCUGCCAGCUGCACACAGCCCUAUUGGACCAGCACACGGUGGAGCUCCGCCUCCUGGACUACAUGCAGCAGGAUUGGGUGGCCCAGUACAGUCUCCGCAGUGGCCAGGACGAGAUCAGCUUCCUGACGUUCAGCUCGCUGAGCGCGAGUGAGGAGGGCGCCGAGCUGGACGUGGGCGUGCACGUGCGCUACGAGGCCGGCCAGGCCCUGCUGGCGCUGCACUCCCCCUACUGGAUGGUCAACAAAACGGGCCGCCUGCUGCAGUACAAGUCCGACGACGUCCACCACAAACACCCCAAAGACUACAGCUCCCCCCUGCUCUUCUCCUUCAAGCCCAGGAACUUCUUUCAAAACAACAAGGUGCGCUUGAUGAUCUCAGACAGUGAACUGUCAGACGAGUUCUCCAUUGACACCGUUGGCAGCUAUGGUGAUGUGAAAUGCAAAGGUCGCUUGAAAGAUUAUCUGGUUGGGGUGAAGAUUGACGCCACCAGCUUCAGUCUGACGCGUGUGGUGACGUUCGUACCCUUCUACGUGCUGGAGAACCACACCAGACACCUGAUCAGCGUGUGUGAGGAAGGCCACGAGCAGUGGACUGAGGCACCGCCACUGCAGUCUGCUGUUCCCUUCUGGCCUGAAAGAGAGUCUAAGAAGCUGAAAGUCAAAGUUGAAGGGUGCCAAUCAACUCAAGUCAUCAACUUCCACAAGCCAGAGAACUGCCUCUUACUUCAUCUUGACAACACUUUGGGAGGCAUCACUGUGGAUGUGAAUCUGACGGAACACUUGGCUGUAGUGCGUUUCUCUAACUACCACGAUGGCGCUGCCCCCUUCCUGCUCAUCAACCACACCAAAGAGCACACGCUUCAGUACCACCAGAGCUCUCAGAGGGAGAUUGUGGAGUUAGAAGCUGGGCAGGCCGUGUACUACACCUGGGCUGAGCCGACCGGGUCACGUGUGCUAAACUGGAGCUGGGGUCACCACUCAGGAGAGCUCAACAUCGAGGAGGACCUUUUGCUGGAUGUGGGCGGGGAGGGCUCGCUCUUCCUGCUGUCAUUCUAUGAGGGCCUCCAGCGGGUGGCGCUGUUCACGCAGAGCAAGCGGCUCUACCAGAACAUCUGCAACAGCGAGAAGGCCGAGCUGGCCAACCAGGAGAUCAUCCUGGCCCUACAGGACCUGGGCGUGUCCCUCGUCAACAACACCACCAGUCAGGAGGUGGCCUUCAUUGGCAUCUGCAGCUCUGACGUGGUGUGGGAGUGUAAGCUGCAGAAGAAGAACCGCUGGAAGACUCUGAGUAUAAAGGAUGCAGAUAUGCUGGAGCGGAGCUACAGAGAAUACAUCGAGAGCAACCCAGUAGACAACAAAAUCCUCACACUACCAAACGACUCCCAGGUGUCCCUGACUCCUUCUGGUUUAGAGAUGCGGAUGUUGAAGCCCUAUGAUGCUUUGCUGCGCAGGAACUUUCUGCCAGCACUGAAAGUGGAGUAUAAGGUGUCGGCGCGGCAACAAGCCUAUCGUGUGCAGAUAAACCACAUCCAGAUUCAGAACCAGCUUCCUGGAGCCAUCUUCCCUGUUGUGUACUACCCUGUGAAGCCACCCAAGUCUGUUAGCAUGGACUCAGAACCCAAACCCUUGACUGAUGUCAGCAUCAUCACGCGAGCUGCAGGCCACUCUGACAUCUUGCGCAUCAAGUACUUCAAGGUUCUGAUCCAGGAGAUGGAUCUGAGGCUGGACCUCGGGUUCCUGUACGCCCUGCUCGACCUUUUCACACAGGAACACAUAGAAACGGUCACAACUGAGCAGGAGGUGGAGCUCUUUCAGAAAGACAUUGAGUACAUAAAGACACAACUGCACCAUGUCUCCAGCACAGACUCCUCCCCCAUCAGCCUCUAUGAGUACUUCCACAUAUCCCCCAUCAAGCUCCACCUGAGCUUCUCUCUGAGUACGGGAGGGGAGGAUGGGCAGAAGGAGAAGAGGCAGAAGGAGCUGAUCCCAGUGCAGAGUCUCAACCUGCUGCUCAAGAGCAUCGGGGCCACGCUCACAGACGUACAGGACGUGGUGUUCAAACUGGGCUUCUUUCAAAUGACCUACAAGUUCAACACAAGGUCGCAGCUCCAGUGGGAGGUCAUCAGACACUACUCUAAACAGGCUAUUAAGCAGAUGUACGUGCUGGUGCUUGGUCUGGAUGUCCUGGGGAAUCCGUUUGGUCUGAUCCGUGGCCUGUCUGAGGGAGUGGAGGCUUUCUUUUACGAGCCCUAUCAGGGUGCUAUCCAGGGUCCUGAAGAGUUUGUGGAGGGCAUGGCGCUAGGUGUCAAAGCCCUUGCUGGCGCUGCAGUCGGUGGUCUGGCGGGCGCUGCGUCCCGUAUAACGGGGGCGAUGGCGAAGGGUGUGGCGGCGAUGACUCUGGAUGAGGAGUACCAGCAGAAGAGACGCGAGGCCAUGAACCGCCAGCCCAGGGGCCUCAAAGAGGGACUCGCCCGGGGGGGCAAGGGCCUGGUGUCUGGUUUUGUGAGUGGCAUUACUGGGAUAGUCACCAAACCCAUUAAAGGAGCACAGCAGGAGGGAGCUGCAGGUUUCUUUAAGGGUGUAGGGAAGGGGCUGGUAGGAGCAGUGACUCGGCCCACUGGGGGCAUCAUAGACAUGGCCAGUAGCACCUUCCAGGGCAUAAAGAGGGCUACAGAGCCGUCUCAGGAUGUGGACAGUUUGCGUCCUCCACGCUUCAUCCAUGAUGACGGUGUGAUCCGCCCCUACAGGGAGAGAGAGGGACUAGGGAGCCAGAUGCUCCAGAAAAUUGAGAACGGGCGCUUUGCCAAGUACAGGUACUUUGCUCAUGCCAAAGUGAACGAGUCGGACUUCCUGAUGAUCACCAAGAGGGGCAUUUUCUUUGUCACAAAGGGAACAUUUGGUCAGUUGACAUGUGAAUGGCAGUACCUGUUUGAUGAGUUCACCAAGGAGCCAAUGAUUGUAGAGGACCGACGGCUGAGGAUUGAGGCCAAGGAGCGAGUCAAGUCUGUAUUUCACGCCAAAGAGUUUGGCAAGAUCAUCAACUUCAAAACUCCUGAGAUAGCGAAGUGGGUUCUCGCCAAGCUGGAGGAUGCAAGAGAAAGUCUGCCAAAAUACUAACAAGUCACACGGCCACCUCCUUUGUGUUGCAGUGCCUUUGGUUCUGAUGUAAUUCAGCUCACUUACCACUAGGUGUCAGUAGUGUCACGCAUCAGUUUGUACUAUGCUUUCACAUACAUCCACAACAAAACCUCUCCAUUGCUUUAGUACACACAUCCACAUACAGCUUAUGGCCAAGUAUGCCUCUAAAGUGCAAACCUUAUCCUGUGUUUUCACCUCACUUCACUUCUGACACGCCACACUGUUAGUGGGAAUGUUAAUAUCACAAGCCAAAACACGUCAUGGAGAACCCUAUUUAUAAAGACAGCUGGAAUAUGUUUACGUUUGUGAGUGAGUGAGGUAAUACUUUACUUGACUGAAUGAAUGAAUGAAUGAGGGAGUGAGUGAGUUGCUUCUGAGUAUAACUUGUAUUGUUUAAUUUGAAAAUGAAAAAAUGAUUUUAUGAAAAUAUUUGUUUCAAACAGGAAUAUUUUUCUACCUUUAGCUUUUGCAUGUUAAGAACAUAUAUGUAUUAGAAUUGGGGUGUAUUGCUAUUUUCAGUAUUUCAUGUGACUGAUAAACUGUUUACUGUAACACUACUGCAGAGGCAAGAGGGUGGGGUUAAAUAAUAUGCAAUAAUGAUUAUGCCUAAUGCUUGCGUUUGUGUACAUUUUAACUUUGCUUUAAAUUGUUAGUGUUUGCCCAUAACUAAGUAUAUGCCAUGUCCAGUCUUAAAACAUUUUUUUCAUCAGUUUUAAAUAAAACAUCUAUUAAAUAUA